CCCCUUUCCACUUCCGAUUCAUUCGCCGUCUCCGGUCCUCCUCCCUCGCCCUUAUCCCCCUCACUUUCCCCUCCUCCUCCUCCCACCCGCAGCAACCGCCGAAACUUUCCCCAACCUCCUCCUCCUCCGCCGCGGAUCGGGCUCGGACGGCGGCGCUCUAUCCAUCCAUGUCGGAGGAAUCUGGUCGCCCUCUACCCAAGUUUGGCGAAUGGGACGUCAACGACCCAGCAUCUGCUGAUGGAUUCACAGUCAUCUUCAACAAAGCCAGAGAUGAGAAAAAGGCUGGGAAUGGACAAGAUACCGAAUCCCCUUGCAAAGACGCUAGGACUGAGAGGGUGGAGUCCUAUGCCACCAAGGCGAAUUCAAAGAAAUGGUUUUGCUGCGUGACGCCCAGUCCUACACAAUCUUGAAGUGUCACCGAAGAAAUGGUUGCGAAAAGUAUGGUCCUUUGAUUUUGCUAUAUACAUACUAUCCAUAAGAUCCUUGUAAGAGGUACCUUGGCCGUCACGAUGGGUAUCUCGUAAAACUCUGAAGUGUGUAUGUAUGGUUUGAGGGUUGUCAGACACAGAUUUGGUUGGAUAAGUGAACUUCUGAUUGUAA